UGUGGUCAUUCUGUAUCAAAUUCUACUAGACAAGUGUAGCCAAGUCAAUAGAUAGGUACUCAUUUUGAGGACGAAUUUUUACGGAAUUGACUUGUAGAUGAGAUCCAUUUUUCUUACUAUUUUAUCAUACACAAAUAAAGCUAUGGUUGGCCUAUUGGAGUAUUCAUUGAACUUUUGACGUUUCAUUGGGAUUGAAUUUUUUAAAAUUAAAUUGUUUACAGCCGAUAUGAAUAUCGUGCGAGUUAAUUCCAAAAAUGUGAUUUACAUUAUAAUAGCGCUUUUAUCAAGCACUGUGAAAGUAGCGCAAAUGGGUCAUGAUAGCAUUGCAGAUUGUGCAAAAGAUAUGAAUACUAAUACUACACUUGCUUAUAGUAGCAAAAAGGAUGAGAUUUUUGGUCUCUGCCCUGCAGGUAAAUUAUGCUCGGAGCUUCCUAGUGAUUGCAUACAAUGCAAAUUUGAUCUAAAUUGCAAUUACGGAUUGACCUAUACAGCUGACUGUAAUGUAUUGGGUCAAGUCGAUUGUAUUGGUAAACGAACUUUCCUAAGAGAAUACAUUUGCCGUUACUGUUAUCAAACUGAACAUUGGGAGCAUAAAUGUCUUCAAAAAAAUUCUUGUAGCUCUGUUGCAUCUCCUCAACAGUAUUAUAGAACUAAUUGUUCAGUUAACAACGAUGUAUUAUGUCUGGGACGUCGUCGGUUUAUGAAAAAUCUUCCAUGUAAUUGGACUGGUGGAUAUCGUUGGUCAACGGCACUAAUCCUCAGUAUAACUUUGGGAGGUUUUGGAGCCGACAGGUUCUAUUUAGGACACUGGCAAGAAGGUAUUGGCAAACUGUUCAGCUUUGGUGGACUUGGAGUGUGGACAUUGAUCGAUGUUAUAUUGAUUUCAUUGAGGUAUUUAGGACCUGCUGAUGGAUCUCUUUAUAUUUAAAAAUAUUAAGAAAUGUUUAUACAGCGCAAACUCUAUCUCUAACGUUUACAAUUAUUUACACGACUGUUAAGAGAUUAUGUCUUUAAAAGACAUAUGUAUAAUAAAAGAUGUUACAAUAAAAUGAGAUACUAUUCCCAAUUAUCAAAUAA